UGCCAACUGGGCAGCCGCGGGAGCAUCGCAGGCGCGAAGGCCCCAUUCUAAGGAAGCGUGUCCCACCCGGCGCACCGUCAGUCUCUAAGGGGCGUUCUAGAGACUCUUAGCAACGCGGACUGUGCACGGCCCCUCGCAGAGCCAUGGCUACAGCCAACCCCACGGUCUUCCUGGUGAUGGUGAAUGGGCAAGUGGAGAGCGCCCAGUUUCCUGAAUUUGAUGACCUCUACUGCAAGUAUUGUUUCGUUUAUGGCCAAGACUGGGCACCAACUUCUGGCUUAGAAGAGGGAAUAUCCCAAAUUACUUCUAAAAGUGCAGAUGUACAACACAGCCUGGUGUGGAACUUCCCUAUUGAUAUCACCUUUAAAAGUACCAAUCCUUUUGGCUGGCCACAAAUAGUGAUAAGUGUUUACGGACCUGACGUUUUUGGAAAUGAUGUGGUUCGAGGUUAUGGAGCUGUACAUGUGCCUUUUACUCCUGGCCGACACAAAAGGACUAUCCCGAUGUUUGUACCAGAAUCAACAUCUAAACUGCAAAAGUUGACAAGGAACUACACUGAGGAAGCCAGAAGACCCCAGAAAUCAUUUAACCAGAAAACAUAUGACCUUGUUGCCAAGGGGACAGACAUGGCAGUUAAGUACCCAGCUUUGCAAAAUAUUUAAGAGCAAUGAUGAUAGAAAAUUAUGAACAGUAUUGUCUCACAGCUAAAUGUAGUGAGGGGGGAAGAAGCUUUCACAGAAGUAGGUAUGAAACCCAACUAAGUCAUAACAUUUUGAAGCAUCUAUAAAUUAUGCUGGCAAUAAAUGGAGAUGAAAUGGAACUACUUUAUCUUCUAGUGUUGCUAUCUUUUUAGUGACAACAGUAGCAUCCCCAAAUUGAGACUUUGUUCCCUCAGGACCCAGUAGGUAUGAGGAAAAUAGCAAUAGCAUUAAAUAGAUCAAGUCUAUUUCCUAUUUUUCAGUCAACAGAUUGUUUAAUAGAUUAGUUUGGGCCUGCUAUAACUAUUUCCUAUUGUUAAGUUUCUUUCCCUGCAAAAUCACCUAAUAUCUAUUUUAUUUAUACAUACACAUGCACACACACACAUAUAUGUUUGUGUGUGUAUAUAUAUAUGCAUAUGUAUACACACACGUCUCUUUAAUAGAAUAUAAGUUUGAGGGCAGGAACUGUUUAACAUACAUUUUUAUUCUAUACCCAGGAUCUAGUACAGUCCCUGGCACAUAUUAGAUGCUUAAUAAAUGUCUGUCGAUUGCUUUAUUGACUUAAGAUGGUUAAAAACUAUGAUCUCAGAAGGAUCAAAAACAACUAAUUCAUGGUAGGCACAAAGCAGCUAUACAUAUUGCUAAGACUUUCAGAUGAGAAGGUCCAUAAAAAUUGUCAAGGACACGUAUAUUUGGAAAAGAAAGUUUGCCCAUCAUGUAGUGAAAAUAAAGCAUAACAGAUAGACAGUCGAUCCUACAUUCAUGUCUACAAAAUACAAACCUCCAGAAAGUGAUCUUUAACACCUCCUUAGGUUUGUGAAAAGACAAGAGGAAAGAAUUGCCAAGCAUGAGAAUCCAUAGUACAGGUCUCCAUAUGCAUCAGUGGAAGGAGUGCCCACAUUAAGGUAUAUAAAAGCCUUUUACCUGGGGACUCUUGGGAGACCACCAGACAUUUGUAGACUUAAAGUAGGGAGGUUUGGAUGUUGGGAUUUAAGGUGUCAGUGACAAAAAAACUGGGAAGGAUGAUCUUUAGGGCCCAGGGCUUCUGAAACAGUUGAUUCUAUGUAGCCCAAGUAAGUCCUACUGAGGAAAAGAAGAUUUAUUGUAGGCAGAAUCCUUGAAACCUACUCCAAUUUAGAAUAUUUCCAAUUGGAGUCUGAGAUCAUCAGUGUUUGCAUUCUAAAAAUUAUGGGCUGAUAAAAGGUGAGGGGGAGGUGGGAAAGGCUCAUCUAGCAGCUAUCUUCCUGUCUCCCUCUGCUCUAUAUCAGUUUCAAAAGUAUUCAGGCAUAGGCAUUAAUUAUUCUAUUUAUACACAUUGGAAAAAGUGAACAUAGAAAUAAGUAUGGAACAGAUUUUGGACUUAAAUAUGUAUCUCUGAGUUAGAAAUGGAAAAAGAAACCAGUUUCUUCUUCCUCCUCUGCUUCCCUCAAAUCUUUCUUUUUGUAAUGGCAAAAAUGGAAACUGAGUGAAUGCCCAUUAGGAAUAGCUGAAUGAGUUAUGGUAUGUGAAUGUUAUGGAAUAUUAUUGUUCUUAAGAACCAACCAGCAGGAAGAUUUCAGAGACUUGGAGAGAAUUAACAUGAACUAAUGCUGAGUGAAGUGAGCAGAACCAGGAGAUCAUUGUACAUAGCAACAACAUUAUACAAAAAUCAAUUCUGACAGAUGUGGCUCUUUUCAAGAAUGAGAUGUUUGAGACGAGUUCCGAUGAUCUGGUGAUGAAGAGAGCCAGCCAUACCCAGAGAGAGGACUGUGGGGACUGAGUGUGGAUCAUAACAUUUUCACUCUUUUUGUUGUUUGCUUGGAUUUUUCUUUCUCAUUUUUUUCCCUUUUUGAUCUAAUUUUUCUUUUGCAGCAAGAUAAUUGUAUGAAUAUGUAUGUGUAUAUAUAUUGGAUUUAACAUAUAUUUUUAUUAUUUAACAUAUAUUGGAUUACUUGCUAUGUAGGGAGGGGAUGGGAAGAAGGGUGGGGGGAAUUGGAACACAAGAUUUUACAAGAGUUAAUGCUGAAAAAUUAUCCAUGCAUAUCUUUUGAAAAUUAAAAAAAAACUUUAAUAAAAAUAUAAAUAAAAAACCCAAACCAUUAAAAAAAAAUAAAAUUACCACAACUCAAGUUCUGUUUCUGGUCCUCUGGGACCCUGGAGCUGAGCUGUUCAGGAAAUUCUAAUGCCUUUUGUGCUUUCUUGUUUAAUGAACUUUUGCAGCAUCCUAGUGGUAUAACAGAAAGGAUUCAGUGGACCUAGUGGAGCUAUUCUUGGCUCCACCAAUUGAUAGUUAAAUUGAAAAAGUCAUACUUUUGUAGACCUCAAUUUUCAUCUAUAAAGUGGUAUUAAUAAUAGAACUGUUAAUGAGGAUCAAAUGGGGUGAACAGCAAUAGCUAGCAUUGUUAGAACACUUUGAAAUUUGUAAAGGACUUUACAAAUAUCUCAUUUUAUUCUCCCAACUAUCCCAGGAAGGGUGAUACUCUUUAUUACCCCCAUUUUACAGAAGAGAUGAAAGCAUAUAGAGGCUAAGUGACCUGCCCAGGUUACAGCUAGUAAGUGUCUGAGGCAGAAUUUGUUCCAUAUCCAGUGCUCUAAUUCAUCUCAUCCCCUAGAUGCCAAAAGGCUGUGAAAGCCCCUUGAAACUAAUCUACAAAUGUAAGGUUUUUAUUACUAGCAUACCAGUCCAUGACAGUGGGAGGAACACAAGUCAAAAGACUAUGUUCUAAUCCUGGCCCUCCACUAGUGAAGUAACUAAGUUUAAAUGAGAUUUAUUUGCAAUUAGAAAUAGUAACAUCCUACCAACCUCAUGGGAGAAUUAAGAAAUGUAGAAGUGCUCUAUGAAUUGUUACUAGGAUCCCAGAACAAUAGAGACAGAGGACAUCGGAGAUGAUCUGGUCCAAUCCUUCAUUUCACAUGCGGGCCCACAGUGGGAAGAUUACUUGCCCACAGAGACAAUAAUAAGGAAAAAAUCACAGAUUUUUAGAACUGUCACCAGUCUAUGGGAGUGCUCUCUGGAUAUCAUCAGUCGGGGCAGCUAGAUAGUGACCCGAGUUCAAGUUUGAAUUCAUUCAUUCAGACAUCUAGCUGUGUGACCCUGGGCAAAUCACUUAACUCUGAUUGCCUCAGGGAGGGAAAUCAUCAGUCUUGUUGAUUUAAAAUAAGAAAGAUAAUGUUCACCUAGCCCUUCUAAGUAAAUACUAAGCAUUGUGCUAAAUGCUUUAUAAGUAUUCUUUCAUUUGAUACCCCUCACAGGUGCUAUUAUCCCCAUUUUUUAGUUGAUAAAAGAUGAGACAAGACAAGUUAGUCACACACUAGGAAAUGCCUAAGGCAGGUUUUUCUGACUCUAGACUCAGUACUCUACCAACUGCAUCACCUAGCUGCAAGACCUACAUGCAUCCAGUGUAAAAACCAUAAUGGAAAGGAUUAAUGUUACAUAUAAAUUGGUUCUUUUGGCUUAAGCAUUUCUAAGGAUCAUGGGCAGGGGUAACCACAACUAGUUGUUUUUAACUCUACCUCAUAAUAGUGCUGGGCUCAGAGAAUGUAGUCUUCCCAAGCUGAACAGAAGAAUCAGUCCCAUUUAGUGGUGGCAUAUAGUCAAUAUCCAGGCAACUGUACAAAUCCUGGCACAGAGAAUCUAUUUGCUUGCUUACUUAAUACUAUUUAAAUGCUACUUCUGCCUUGUAAGAGACACAGAAGCAGAGUGGUGUAAUGGAAUUAAGGGUUGACUACCCUUCAAACCAGGAUUACUCCUAUUCAAGUUCUGUGACACAUACUAGUUCUGUGGCUUACUCAAUCCCUCCAUCAAUUCUAAGUUGCAAGACAGUAGGUCUGUAAAAACUUUUCUUCAUCAAGGAGUUCCUUCUCCCAACAAAAUCCUAGGUCUGACCCCCUUGAAACCCUCCAUAGUGUAUAGUACCUGGAUUGGGAAGUGGGGAACCUACUCCCACAGAACCAGAAUCUCUAAAACUAAUCAUUCCUGAUUAAAAGGAGACACCUAUCACUCAAUUCAAUGUUGGCUCAGGAUUGUACCCAACUACUAAAUCAUCGGAGAGGA